AUGGAUCGUUCUGCUGAAUUCCUUUGCAUGCACCAACAGAAGAAGAAGAAGAAGAAGGAGAAGGAGGAGGAGGAGGAGGAGGAGGAGGAGGAGGAGGAGGAGGAGGAGGAGGAGGAGGAGGAGGAGGAGGAGGAGGAGGAGGAGGAGGAGGAGGAGGAGGAGGAGGAGGAAGAAGAAGAAGAAGAAGAAGAAGGAGAAGAAGAAGAAGAAGAAGAAGAAGGAGAAGAAGAAGAAGAAGAAGAAGAAGGAGAAGAAGAAGAAGAAGAAGAAGAAGGAGAAGAAGAAGAAGAAGAAGAAGAAAGAAAGAAAAAAAAAAAACCCGUGGUAUUCUGUACAUGCAGUGUAUCGUUGCAUAAUGGUCAUGCAUCAGGACUCUUUUGGGAAACACAGCUCUCAUGA